AUGGCUAAACCAUUCCCUGUUGAUCAUAGCUUGACAUCCUUCUGGCGGUCGGAACCCGAUCCCUUGGAUAACUUUCGCUCUACAGAGUCACUUCCAGAAACAAGUGACAUCGUUAUCAUAGGCGCCGGCUAUGCUGGAGCUUCGACUGCUUAUCACUGUCUCGAGCGCAGCCGACUCGUAUCAACAGAACAGCCUUCCAUUGUGAUCUUAGAAGCACGACAGGCAUGCUCGGGGGCUACGGGGCGCAAUGGCAAGUACUCAUCUGGCGGACUCUGCCGUGUAGGUGGUCACUUGAAGCCUGAUGUAUUCAACCGGAUUGGUAAUCUGGCCAAGGAGUACGGAUUAGAGGCGGCGGCUGAAGUCGCUGCGUUUGAGAUGGAGCAUGUCUCCGUUAUUGAAGAUCUGGUUAAGAAGGAGAAGAUCGAUUGCGACUUAGAGGUGAACCGAGUCUGCGAUAUACAGUUUGACAAAGACCAGCUUGCAAAGGUCAAGGCUGGUUAUGAUUAUCUUGUCUCUCAGGGUGUGGAAACAAUCAAGGAUGUCGGAUACACACCACCUGAAAUGGCAGAGACCGUAUCCGGUGUAAAGGGGGCCUUGGCUUGCUUCAACCAGCGUACCGCCCGACUUUGGCCGUAUAAAUUCAUUAUACAUCUCUUGAGGCAAGCUGUGUCAGCGGGAGUAAACCUUCAGACACACACGCCCGUCACGAAGGUGUCUGAAGUCCCGGAUGACGAAGGCCGAUGGAUGGUGACCACUGAUCGUGGCUCAAUCCGCGCCAAAUGGGUCGUCUUUUCUACCAACGCAUACACGUCGUCCAUUGCACCGGAGUACAAGGACAAGAUCAUCCCAGUGCGAGGAUUCUGCAGUCGCAUUGUGGUACCCAAUCCACCUCCAUCGCCGCUCGAACGCUCGUAUAUGCUGCGGUUCAAUGGCUGGCAUUAUGACUACCUCAUUCCCCGGCCGGAUGGAAGCAUCAUUGUAGGCGGAGCAAAGUCGACCUUCUAUUAUCAGGACCGAGAUAGCUGGUACAACAAUACCGACGACAGCCGAACGGUUGAGGCGGCAGUGCGGUAUUUCGACAACUAUAUGCAGAGACACUUCCAUGGAUGGGAGAACUCGGGAGCAUAUACAGACCGGGUCUGGUCAGGAAUUAUGGGCUAUAGCACGGAUUCGCUACCGCACGUCGGACAUGUUCCCAACAAGCCUGGGCAGCUCAUAGUUGCCGGCUUCACCGGACAUGGAAUGCCGCAGGUUUUUCUCUCCACCCGGGGUAUCGCACAGUUGAUUGUCGAGGGAGUCUCAUAUGAGCAGACGGGGCUGCCGCGUCUUUUCAAAACGACAACUGAGCGGUUGCAGAGCCAGCGGAACAACAUCCUACCCAUUCCUGUGCGGUUCGCGGACAAAUACGUCGAGCACGAUUUCGUUGUGAUCUUCAUUGAUCUCGUCCUUAUCAAGCCGCAGGUGUAUCGCCAUCUACUUUUCAAUCGGCUAGGGGGAGACGACAACCAGUUCGAUCGCUCCAUAAUCCGUCUUGGGAUUCUACUACUUCUAUUCGACGUCUACCUGACAUGGGCACGGAUUGAGAAAUCCCCAUCACUCGCAACUACCUUUCUUUCGCGCGCGCCUAUCAUCGUCCAAUACCUCUUCUUUCUGAGCCUAAAUGCGCUGGCGACUCUCGCCCACCACCUUACUAUCCGGCUUCUGGCAUCGAUCCUUGCUCCAACACCUCGCGGAUACACUGGCUCUUCUCAGCAUGGCAAUGCGACAGAAGCGCCUAUCUUCUCCAACCCCUCGACACCCAUACUCCCGUCAUUCCCAUCGCAGACCAACAACAGCCAAACACAGCUCUCGCCUACUCCAGCAUCGACACUAAGCCCACCGAAGCUCACCCCACAAGGCUCCUCCAACGAUGUAACAACAAUAGCCAGCGCUUCAGCCAGUGACAUCCACCAUCUCCCUCCCACAACGCCCCAAGGAUCUUUCACCUCCCUCCCACCACCUCUCCGACGUGCCUCCACCGCCCCAGCCCAAAGCAUCAGACCCCUUCCGCCCCCCUCGCCAGCCAGUCCAACCGCCAUCAGCACCGCCUUGCUCGUCAGCAGUUGCGCGAAGCUCUUCCCAAUCCUCCUCGUCAUCUGGGGUCCUGACGGCAGCGGAAAUGCGUCCAAUGUCUCCGGGUCCAACAACACCUUUCUCAGCGCCGGCAGCCAAACAACCAUCAUACAACAGACAUUGGAUGGCAACGGCAUCGGCCCUGCAGCGACUCUCACCGCAGCUCAUCCGACUGCAUCAGGGACUUCUUCCCUACCUGGCUCGUCCUCGCUACUGGAAAGUCUUAUCAGGAUCAUGCCCGAGUCUGUACCUACCAGCUAUCUAGCCAGCUUUAUUGACCUGCUUGGGCCGCUGCUCUCACUGGGCGCGGCGGACACGCAUCUCGUGCUGCUGAGCAAUAUCGAAGCAUUGUAUAUCCUGCUUGGAUGCGGGUAUCUGCGCGCGGUGGCACUGGCGGUGGCGGGUUUGGCCGCUCGGUGGACUGUACAGAGGGUAAUAUUGGGGGCAGUUGGGGUUGGUUAA